GCGUGUGUCUGUGUGUUUCUAUGUGUGUGUGUCUGUGUGUUUCUAUGUGUGUGUGUCUGUGUGUUUCUAUGUGUGUGUGUCUGUGUGUUUCUAUGUGUGUUUCUAUGUGUGUGUCUGUGUGUUUCUAUGUGCGUGUGUCUGUGUGUUUCUAUGUGUGUGUGUCUGUGUGUUUCUAUGUGUGUGUUUCUACGUGUGUGUGUCUGUGUGUUUCUAUGUCUGUGUGUUUCUAUGUGUGUGUGUCUGUGUGUUUCUAUGUGUGUGUGUCUGUGUGUGUGUGUCUGUGUGUUUCUAUGUGUGUGUGUCUGUGUGUUUCUAUGUGUGUGUGUCUGUGUGUUUCUAUGUCUGUGUGUUUAUAUGUGUGUGUGUCUGUGUGUUUCUAUGUGUGUGUGUGUGUGCGUGUUUCUAUGUGUGUGUGUCUGUGUGUUUCUAUGUGUGUGUGUUUCUAUGUGUGUGUGUCUGUGUGUUUCUAUGUGUGUGUGUCUGUGUGUUUCUAUGUGUGUGUGUGUGUGCGUGUUUCUAUGUGUGUGUGUCUGUGUGUUUCUAUGUGUGUGUGUCUGUGUGUUUCUAUGUGUGUGUGUUUCUAUGUGUGUGUGUCUGUGCGUGUUCUGCUGCCUCUCCCACUUCUUCAGAGGCUUCAGUGCAGCACUGCUCUAA